UCCAUAGGAAGGCCCACAACCCUGUGCGAGACGAUGGGGAAAGCAGAGAUAUGGUUAAUCAGAACAUACUGGGAUUUUGAAUUCCCACGCCCUUUCCUGCCCAACUUCGAGUUCGUUGGAGGACUUCACUGCCAGCCUGCAAAGCCGUUACCAAAGGAAAUGGAAGAAUUUGUUCAGAGCUCAGGGGAACAUGGCAUCGUGGUAUUCUCUCUCGGGUCGAUGGUCUACAACCUAACUGAUGAAAAAAGUAACAUGAUUGCCAAAGCCCUCAGCCAGCUUCCACAAAAGGUCCUCUGGCGAUACAAAGGAAAAAAACCAGAAACUCUGGGCUCCAACACCAGGAUUUAUGACUGGAUACCCCAAAAUGACCUGCUCGGCCAUCCCUUGACGAAGGCCUUUAUCACCCACGGAGGGACCAAUGGGAUCUAUGAAGCUAUCUACCAUGGGAUCCCGAUGGUUGGGAUUCCCAUGUUUGCCGACCAGCACGACAACGUUGCUCACAUGAGGGCAAAGGGAGCUGCAGUGGAGCUGGAUUACAGUACGCUGAAGACGCAGGACCUACUCGAUGCGCUGAAUACAGUCAUUAACAAUUCCACCUAUAAGGAAAAUGCUCUAAGAUUAUCCAAGAUACACCACGACCAGCCAGUGAAGCCUCUGGACAGAGCAGUCUUCUGGAUUGAAUUUGUCAUGCGUCACAAAGGAGCAAAGCACUUGAGACCAGCUGCUCACCACCUCACCUGGUACCAGUACCACUGCCUGGAUGUUCUGGCCUUCCUGUUCACCUGUACAGCCACUGCCAUCUUCAUUCUUGUCAAGUGCUGCUUGUGUUGCUGUCGGAGAUGCGGCAGGGUUGCAAAGAGGAAGAAAGAAUAGACUUCCCGUUCCCAUCCGCACUUUCUCUUCUCCUA